AUGUCUCAAACGCCUUUUAAUUUUUCAACUUUUGGAAAUGCAUCAUCAAAUUCUCAAACAAAUACUGGUGGUACUGGUUUGUCAGCAUUUGGGAACACUGCUUCUACAACUAGUGGGGGAGGAACAAAUCAAGGGUUUUCUUUUGGAAGUAAACCAGCUACCACCACUGCUUUUGGUGGAAUUGCCAAUAAUCCUUUAAUAACGGGUACUUUUCAGGCCCCUGGUACGAGUACCAACAUAUCAAGUAGUGGUUUAAAACCAGGCAAUACUACUGGAAAUGUCUUUACUUUUGGAAAUCCUACAGGUAGUGGAACUGGGACUACAACCACAACAGCACCUAGUUUAUUAAUGCCGUCAUUAAGCUCAAUUGGUACAACAGCAGUUAAUAAAAGUUCUUUUGGCUGGCCAUCAACAUCAACUGCCACUACCUCUGCUCAGUUGUUUUCAGGUAUUGGUGGAAGUGGUGGAACCACUACAGCACCAAGUAUGAACUAUUUAAGUAGAAACAUUUUUCAAGGAACAGGAACUAGUGCCACUAACACCAGCACAUUAGGAAUUUCAACAGGACAAUUCAAUAUUAACAGUAUAACAAAGAAAACUCGGUUUUCUGAUCUACCAGAAAAUAUAAAAAAUGAACUUAUAAAAAUAGAUAAACACAUACAAGAUCAAAAAAUAUUAAUGUCAUCUAUCAAUUCCAUGACACUUCCCAAUAUUAAACUACAACUGCAAGAUGUUAAUAAUGAAAUUUAUGCUUUAUCUCAGAAAGUAUCUCAAAUAAAUAACGACAUACAAACACCACUACGUGGCAAUAAUCAAUUAAUAUUAAAACCGAGAUGUUUUCCACCGGCAAUAAUCGAUGAAUAUUAUCUUGCAACCAAUACCCCAACACAUGAAAAAUUCUGUGUAGGUGGAUGUUGUGUUAAAUGUCCUCAAACAUAUUCGGUAUAUCCAGAUGGCUGGCUAGAAAAAGGAUUCGCGGUGACGCAAAGUUUCCGAGUAGUAUCAGCUGUAUUGGCACUUAUUAUGUCGAUUUCGUAUAUUUUAUUACCUGGAAAAAGAACACAUCCUGGUUUAUUGAUUUUGUUCACUUCAAUUGCAAUAUUUAUAUUUUCUUCUUUGGUAUUUUUUUCGAUUGGUGAUCCUAAAAAGAUUCAAUGUGUAAAUGAUAUCGAUCCAAGUACUCAAAGCAAUAAUAUUUUAUGUGCCAUUCAAGGUGCAUUAAUAAUAUUUGCAUCGUUUGCAACAACAAUGUGGGUCGGAAUAAUUAUAGUAAAUCUUCAUAUUCACACCGUAUGGAGUUCAAAUUGUGUUGGGAAAAGAUAUAUUAUUUUACAUUUACUUGGCUGGGGCAUUCCGGCAUUUUUCACCGUGAUAGCAUUGGCAACCUCGUCCGUCAAUUAUGAAUUUGCAACUCUUUGCUUCAUUAAAGAGGAAAAUGCUACUCUUAUCAAGGAUCCUGUAUUUGAACGCUGGGCAGAUUACCGUACUAACCCAACACCAUAUUUUCGCUGGACAAAUAGAACAAUUAAAUUGUCACUAAUAUAUUGUGCGGCCAUUCCCCUUGGAAUUUAUUGGCUUGCUAUUAAAUCAGAUAUCAGUCAGGUUGUCAAUCUAGAACCUUUGAUUGUUAAAGCUGAUGAAGAUCCAAUAGUGUUUAGGCAAGAAUUGAAUUUUUAUAUUGAUGAGGAAUUUUUGGUGGCUGUGGAUACAACUGAUGAACUGGAGCAAGAUAAAUUAAAAGAAGAUUUAUUAUACAUGUUUAAAUCAAAAAUUGUAUACUGA